CAGUUUGAGAUAAAUGCUGUUAUAAAAAUAUGUGAUUUGGAAUGGAUAGGCUAGGCUUGUGUUAGCAGCCACGCACUGAAGAAAUCAAUACAGCGGUGCAUGCAGGAACAUUUAGCACGUUUCGUUCCCAUACCAAUUGCUUUUCUAUGAAUUGCGAAUGUUAUUAAUUAACAUAUAUCAUUCAAAAGUAGCCAAGUGUAUGUGGGUGUUGGAUGGUUUAGUUAUUGGCACAGCAUUGCAUGACACUCGCUGACAUUCACAUGUGCCAUUUGUCCAUAGGUCCUCCUGAGUGUGUGGAAUGGCAAUCUCUAUUGCGAUCCUAGACUGUGACCUGCUGCUGCAUGGUCGAGGGCACAAAACACUGGAUCGAUUUGAUAUCGAGACAGUGUCGGAUGAAUUUCUGCUGACAACAUUCGGCUUCCCACGUGAGUUCAUUUAUUACCUGGUGGAACUACUAAAGGACAGCUUGUUGAGACGGACACAGAGGUCACGAGCCAUUAGUCCAGAUGUUCAGAUACUCGCAGCGCUGGGAUUCUACACAACCGGCUCCUUCCAGAGCAAGAUGGGAGAUGCGAUUGGCAUCAGCCAGGCAUCCAUGAGUCGUUGUGUGUCUAAUGUCACUAAAGCUCUGAUUGAGAAAGCACCAGAGUUUAUUGGCUUCACUAGGGAUGAGGCCACCAGGCAGCAGUCUAAAGAGGAGUUUUACAGAAUAGCAGGAAUUCCCAAUGUCAUGGGAGUAGUGGACUGUGCACAUAUAGCCAUUAAAGCUCCCAAUGCAGAUGACUCUUCCUAUGUAAAUAAAAAAGGAUUUCACUCAAUCAAUUGCCAAUUAGUAUGUGAUGCCAGAGGACUGCUGCUGAGCGCUGAGACACAUUGGCCGGGUAGUCUGACAGACAGAGCUGUCUUUAAGCAGUCCAGUGUGGCAAAGCUAUUUGAAGAGCAAGACAAUGACGAAGGUUGGCUUUUAGGUGACAACCGGUACCCUCUAAAGAAGUGGUUGAUGACUCCAGUGCAGAGUCCGGAGUCCCCUGCUGACUACCGCUAUAACGUGGCCCACACAACGACACAUGAGAUUGUGGACCGCACGUUCAGAGCCAUUCAGACACGUUUCCGGUGCCUGGAUGGGGCAAAGGGUUACCUGCAGUAUUCCCCAGAGAAAUGCUCCCAUAUCAUCCAGGCCUGUUGUGUGCUACAUAAUAUUUCCCUGCAGUCCGGCCUUGAUGCCUGGACUUUUGAGAGGACUGAGGCCACGGACCAAUCAGGGGAGGAUAUCGAUCCCACUGACACUGUCGAUCCAGAGGCUCUAAGAGUUCGACAGGAAAUCGUCCAAAAUCAUUUCAGCUAGGACGGAAUUUGGGAUUCACCAUUUAAUUAUUUUUAAUCGUUAAUACACAUGCCAUUGCCUUUUUUUUUUUGUUAAAUGGUUAGUUCACCCAAAAAUUAAGUUUCUGUCAGUAAUUACUCACCCUCAUGUCAUUCCAAACCUGUAAGACCUUCGUUCAUCUUCAGAACACAAAUUAAGAUAUUUUUGAUGAAAUCUGAAAGGUUUCUGAACCAGCCAUAGGCAGCAGCGUCAUUGCAACUUUCAUGGCCCAGAAAGGUAGUAAAGACAUCGUUAAA